AAGGAAGGCUGGCAGUGGGUGAUUUAUAGGAACUGGGAUUAUGUUGCAUUUUAUUUUUACACCGGAAAACUCGAGACAUGCCAGAGAUAAGUGAUGAGCAGCCUCUUACAGAACCUGAAGGGCCAGGAUUGACAAGGGAGUCUCUCAACUCUCGUUCAGUCGGCUCAUGUUGUGCCAAGGCUUGUCUGGUUGGGUUAGGAUCUGUCAUCGCCACUGUUGGAUUGGUGCUGUUCAUAGUAUGGCCCUUCCUAGUCAACAGGCUCAUUGCUUCUCAACUGGCCUUGUCUCCAGGCUCCAGGUCUUACAACAUGUGGGCAGAGACUCCCAUCCCUAUAUACUUCCACAUUUACAUGUUCAACUGGACCAACCCUGGCUCUUCAUUAAAGGGACCUGACAAACCCGCCUUUACCCAGAUGGGACCUUAUGUGUUCAGAGAACACCAUUCUAAGAAAAAUGUUCAAUGGAAUGACAAUAACGAUACAAUCACGUACCUGAACCAGAAGCAGUGGCACUUUGUACCGGAAAUGUCCAACGGAACUCUGAAUGACCAAGUGACCAAUCUCAAUCCAGUGGCAAUGACAGUAGGCUGGCACUGUAUGUCAGUACCUACCUUGGCCAAGUUGGCGCUCAACACUCUGAUCACUAUAGAUGAGAAGCUAGUGAAGACAGACACUGUAGGCAACCUUCUGUUCUACGGCAGUGACGACUACCUCCUGACCAUCGCUCACCUGCUGCGCAGGUACAUCAAGUCUCUUCCUGAUAUGGACAAGUUUGCCUGGUUCUAUAAGCGCAACAUGUCUUCUUAUGGAGAUGGAGUAUUUACAAUGGGCAGUGGCAAAGGGGACAUUGACCAGCUGGGGUUGUUGAGUUCCUGGGACUACAGUAAUCAGACCAAGUAUCCGGGAGAGUGUGGACGGGUUCAUGGGAGUUAUGGGGAGGAGUUCCCACCGGACUAUGUUGAUAAGGAUGUCAUUACUGUCUUUGCUAACGACCUGUGCAGUGUGAUCAAUCUAAGUCGGAGGGAGUCGUCCAAACAGUUUGGUAUCCCUAUGGUCAAGUUUGCUGGAGGAGAGGAUGUGUUCAGCAACAAGACAUUGUGUUAUUGUCGCUCUAACACUACAUGUCCAGCCAGUGGUGCGAGGGACCUGUCUAUGUUUGGUAUCCCUAUGGUCAAGUUUGCUGGAGGAGAGGAUGUGUUCAGCAACAAGACAUUGUGUUAUUGUCGCUCUAACACUACAUGUCCAGCCAGUGGUGCGAGGGACCUGUCUAUGUGUAAUAGUUCGCCUGCCAUGGUGUCAUGGCCCCACUUCUACCUGGCAGAUCCAAGCUACAGGGAGGCUGUGGUGGGGAUGUCACCUGAACAGGAGAAACAUGAGUUCUACAUGAACCUGGCUGAGGUGACUUCAGUUACUUUGGAUGUUAGAGGACGGAUGCAACUUAACAUGUUGAUGCAAUCUAUACCUGGCAUGAAUUUGUACAAAGGCAUCAAGCGCACAGUGAUGCCAAUGUUGUGGUUCGAGCAGGUGGCAACACUGACACCUGAGUUGUCGUCACAGAUCAGCGUGUUGGUAACCCUGGUACAGUGGGGUCGCUGGCUGCUGCUGGCCAUGGGUGGUGUCGGUGCCGUGUUGAUAACACUGGCCGUCGUCUGUCAGUCCCGCAGUUGCUUUGGAGAUUCAGACGAACAACUGCUCCACUGACGAAACUUGUGUCUCUCUACUGUUCCUUGUUACCCUAGCAGUAAGGUGCCGAGUUACCUUUUGGUUUAAGAUGAAUGGUUCUAGUGGUUGAAACUUGCCUUUAUCUUUAUAUACUGUGUAGUCAUUAUCGUAAGUCUUGUGAUUUUUACAUCAAAUCAUACAUUCCAAUGUAAUUUGUAGUGUUUUUACUCACUCUAGAGUUUUAACUAAGCCUUUUGGUGGAAUGAGGAAGUAUAGACCCUAUUUGUAUGUUUUUGGGCCUUAGCAGCGCAAUAUGUUUAGGGGCACGAAGUUUCCAAUUAUUUUAAACAAUAUUAGUUUUGUUGUAAUGAUUCAUAAAAAAAAGCAAACAAAACAAUUUGCAAGCAAUUUGUAAUCAAUUAGCAAAGGUAAUCCUACUUUUACGUCACAAUAUUCUAGACCCCCUUUCUAAUGUGGGGGGGGGAGGGGGGCAAAUCUAUUGAAGCCCAGGUUGCUAUUCCCUCUAAAUUCAAAUAUGGUAGAGUAUGCUUAAAUAGUUUGACUCAAAUUAAAUUUUCUUUCUAAACUUUUACAUCAAUAGCCUAUAUUGUUUAUUAAUGCUUUACAAAACUAAGGUAUUCACAUUUCUCAGUUUGGAUAUUUAUAAAUUAUCUGACAGUGCCUAAAUAACUUGGUUGUUGGGUAGGCUAUACAUCAAAACAAAGGUAUUUGUAAUGCUAAAAUAGGUAGAAUGAACAGCCAAUCCCUCGGGGAAACAGAUUUACCCUUGGGAAAAGAUUUGCAUUCCAAGAUCAACUCAUGCUUUUUUGUGUCAAGGAUGGGAUCAGGGUAGAUUAACAUUCAUAACCCACCAAUCCCUCCAACGGUAUAAAUAAGAUGGAUUUAAAAAAUUCAUAAUAUUCGGUAGUUUUUUUUACAACAAACAAUUCUUGCCCUUGUUGUAGACUACCUGUGCUCUUACCAAACCUUAUAAACUAUAAACCUUAGUAACUACACGGCACUGCCUGUCAGUCUAUAUUUAUUCUAUUUGUCUAUCUAUGGUAUCACUAUAUGUUAAAAGAUUAAUGCAUUACUCAGCAAAGGAAAGAUAAUGUGCAGCUAAACACUAAUCUCUGUCUUAAAGCUUUGUUGUUAAGUGACAAUUUAUUCAUUUACUAUCACUGUGUGUUUACUAUUUUACAAUAUGAGUAAGUUUUCAACAUCACACAAAUUAUAAAAUGUAUUGCAAUAAUGAAGUGCCUAACAUCAUCAAUGGGCCUUACUGUUGUAAAACUGUUAAUCCGUGUGUAGGUUAUUUUACACAAUUUCACUUAAAUACAAUAAUUUCUAAUAUGUGAUAUGUGUUAAACAUCAUGUAAUGUGUAGUUAAAACAUUUAGUUCUAAGUGCAAUUAACGUGCAGCUAUAAAGCAAUAUUUAUUUUUAAUUUAGCUUAGUAAACCAAAGUUAUCAUUCUCUUAGACUAUAAAUGCAACUUGUAAGUAAAUUACAUGAUUUAAUUUUCUGACACAAAUUUAGUAAGUACAAAACUGAGACGGUAGAUCAAAAAUUGUGUACCGAUAAUAUUUCAAUAGGCCUUAAAAUCGUAUAAAGUAUUGGGUCGUAUUUCACUGUGUUUCCAUCUUCAUAACAUUUAUAUUCAACCAUUAGCUUGCAGUACUUACAAAGUGUAUCUAUAGUCAAAACAUUGUACAUAUUGUUUAUAACUUUUUAAUAAAGUGAUAUUAAUCCUAGUUUUAAGAUACUUUGUAACAUUGCCUUUUACUAAUAAGCAAAAACUGUUGCAAAUAAAUAUAAACUUAUAUAUAUUUUUGUAAAAAAAUGUAAUUGUGUGUUCUUGUACCUAACGGUGUACCUGAAUUUAAUAGACAACAGACAAACCUUUAUUUCUAAUUUCU